AUGGCCGGCAGCGCGAGCUCCGGCGAUGAGCGGGGUGCGUGGGAGGCGGCCAGCACCGUGUUCCGCAUCGCCAAGGUGUGCCUGUCGCUGGCGUCGGCCGUCAUGACGGCCACCUCCAAGCAGUGCGCGUUCCGGCCGGGCGACGGCGGUGGCCUCGCCGCCGGCGCGGUCUCGUACAGCGACUUCGGCUCAUUCCAGUACGCGGCGGUGGCGAACCUGCUGUCGGCGGCGCUCCAGGGCGCGGCGAUCUUCCUGGAGGUGGUCGGGAGGGGGCGGUGGGCCAAGACCGUGGAGCACGUCGACAAGCUCGCGCUGGCGCUCACGUCGACGGCCGCGCCGCUGCUGCUCGCCCAAAGGACUCCGGUGGCGAUCCGCACACCGCGAUAA